UAUAAAUAACGCAGCAUUUCUGCAGAUUCGCCCAUUUUGGAAAUAGAAAAUCUCUUCGGAAUUGAAUGUUUUAAAUAGACCGACUCCAAUAGCAAUGAUAAGAAAACUCUCACAAUAUACAAAAGAAUCCAGGUUUAUGAUGAAGGUACUUUGGUUCAUAAUGCUGUGGUCUGCAGCCAUCGUAUUUCUGCUAAGCCAGUCAUCAAAUGCUAAAUCAUUAAGACGAUCACCGGUUGCUAAAGUGUCCGAUGAUUCAUGGAUGAAAAAAUCACUUCAACAUGCUGAUGGGAUGGCAGUCGAAAGAUUAAAAAGAUCACCUCAGGGAGAUGACGGGAUGAUUACGACGACACCUCCAAACUCAAACGAUUCUAACAAAAAUUUCAUUGAAAAGAUGUUUGAUUUUAUGUUCGGAUGGAUUGGGGGUAUUUUUGACUUUAUUUUUUAACUUAAAUUAUUAUUUCCUGAUGUUUCAUGGUGAGACCUUAAAGAAAAUCAACAACAAAAUUUUUGAUUUAAAAACAUGAUUUUUAUAUUGUUUUUUAUGGUUCAAAAUUUAAAAGAGUAUUUUUCUAUAAUAAAGAACUUUUCGAUUGGA